AUGGAUCCUGCGAGUAAGCAUGUACGGAAGUCAAAUAGCAGUUCACCCACUAGUCAAACAACAAGUAAUACCUCAAACCCUCCAGCAAAAAAGUCUGCAAAAGAGUUAAAGGCAGAACGUCGCGCAUUACAGGAAAGUCAAAGGGCAGAAAAAGCUGCGCGGGCUGCUGGAAAUGCUUCCGCUCCAUCCAAAAAACCCGCACAUGGAUCUGUAAUUAGCACAGCCGUAGGUUCUAGCUCUACUACCUCGACUGCAGCAGCUCCUUCUGAAACUGCCGGACCCAUUAAAGCCAUUGACCCUAAACAAAAGCAUUCUCAAAAUAAAGAGACUAAGGAAACCAACAACAAGCAAGUUGACAUGUUUUCUCAUUUGGAAAUUCCAAGAGGUGCUAACACAAGCAUGGCUACCAAAGAAAUUCAUCCCGCAAUUUUGGUGCUUGGUUUACAAUUUUCAGAAUUCAAAAUUUGUGGUGCAAAUGCCCGUUGUAUUGCAGCGCUGACAGCUUUUCAGAAGGAUUACAAAACACCGGAAGGUACAACUCUUUCGCGCCAUUUACCUACUCAUCUUUCACCUCAAAUUACUUAUCUGGUAAAUGCUCGACCAAUGUCUGUUGGAAUGGGUAAUGCGAUCCGUCACCUCAAAUGGGAAAUAUCCACAAUAGAUAUUGAAAUGUCGGAAGAUGAAGCGAAACAAUUAUUAUGCAAGAAAAUCGAUAACUUUAUUCGUGAUAGUAUAACGGUUGCGGAUCGUGUGAUUGUUGAAUAUGGUUUACAAAAAAUUCAGGAUGAUGACGUAAUAUUAACAUAUGCUAGAUCAUCAGUUGUGCAGGCAUUAUUAUUGGAAGCGCACGCAAAGGGAAUAAGGUUUAAAGUUAUUAUUAUCGAUUCAAGGCCAAGACUUGAAGGUAAAAAACUCCUGAAUCGUCUCGUGGAUGCUGGUAUUAACUGCACAUAUGCUUUCCUUCAUGCUGUUGGAUUUGCAAUGAAGGAUGUUUCAAAAGUUUUUUUAGGAGCACAUGCUUUCAUGUCGAACGGUGCUCUUUAUUCACGUGUUGGCACUGCAAUGGUCGCAAUGAUGGCAAAAGAAAAGAACAUUCCAGUUAUUAUUUGCUGCGAGACUUAUAAGUUUACAGAUAAGGUUCAGUUAGAUUCUUUUGUAAUGAAUGAACAAGGUAAUCCUAAUGAUAUGGUGAAUAUUUCUACUACCUUAACUCCAAAACCUGGGUUGCUGUCUGAAUGGCUAAAUAAGCCAGAUCUGAAACUGUUAAAUCUAUUGUAUGAUUUAACACCUUCAAAAUAUAUUACAACCGUUAUAACGGAGGCUGGAAUGAUUCCGUCUUCUUACAAAAUGAGUGCGGACGCAAAUGGUAUCCAAGUUGAUCCCGUCUCAGAGGAGAACAAAAUAAAAGCAGAAGAGGCGAAAGAGGCUGCAAAUAAACUGUUUAAUGCAAAAAAUUAUGAAGCUGCAAUAGCCAAAUAUACAGAAGCAAUUAAUUUGAGUCCAAACGUUGCACAGUAUUAUGCCAAUCGAUCUUUUGCCUAUAUAAAGACUGAGGCAUAUGGUUAUGCUGUCGAGGACGCAGAACGUGCUGUUAAAGUCGAUCCAACAUAUACUAAGGGUUAUUACCGAAAAGCGGUGGCAAAUAUGGCAUUAUGCAGAUUUAAAGAUGCACUUCAGGAUUUUCGAAUUGUUGCGAAAAAAGAUCCGAGCGACAUAGGUGUAAGAACCAAAUUAGCAGAAUGCAAGAAGAUUGUGAAACAAAUUGAAUUUGAAAAAGCCAUAGAAGUAGAUUCACACCAGAAAAACAUUGCUGAAACAAUUGAUGUAGAUGCGAUCGCUGUGGAUUCAUCUUAUAAUGGUCCAAAGAUUGCGAAUGGACAGAUCACAAAAGAAUUUAUUGAGGAAAUGAUGGAAUGCUUCAGAAAUCAAAAAAAGAUUCAUCGUAAAUACGCAUUCCAGAUAAUUUUAGCCGUACGAAAGAUGAUGUUACAAAUGCCAUCGUUGGUGGACAUCAACAUACCUCAAAAUUGCAGGUUAACUGUGUGCGGAGAUGUUCAUGGUCAAUUCUAUGAUUUUCUCAAUAUUUUCAAGAUCAAUGGCUUGCCAUCUGAAGAGAACAUGUAUCUUUUCAAUGGUGAUUUUGUUGAUCGUGGAUCAUUCAGCAUUGAGGUUAUACUGACUUUAUUCGCUUUUAAAUGGCUUUACCCAACAUCUGUCUACUUGACGAGAGGUAACCAUGAAACUGAUGAUAUGAACAAGGUUUAUGGAUUCGAAGGCGAGGUUAAGGCUAAAUAUUCUGAACAAAUGUUUGAAUUAUUUUCUGAGACAUUUACUACCCUUCCGCUUGCACAUCUUAUCAACCAAAAAAUCUUGGUAGUUCAUGGUGGAUUAUUCAGUAGAGAUGAUGUUACGCUAGAUGAAAUUAGAAAGAUCAAGAGGAUUGAUAAGAAACAACCCGAACAUGGAAGCUUAAUGUGUGAACUCUUGUGGUCUGAUCCACAACUACUCCCGGGACGUGGUCCAAGUAAACGAGGUGUAGGAAUACAAUUUGGACCUGAUGUCACUGAGAGUUUCCUGAAGCGUAAUAAUAUUGAUUUACUAAUAAGAAGUCAUGAGGUCAAAGAAAAUGGUUAUGUGGUUGAACAUAACGGCAAAUGUAUUACUGUAUUCUCCGCGCCAAAUUACUGUGAUACCCUUGGAAACAAAGGAGCGCUAAUUAAUAUUACACCAGAACUACAGUUAAGCUAUCAGACAUUUGAAGCUGUGUCCCAUCCUAAUGUUCGACCUAUGGCUUAUGCAUCCCAAUUUGGCGGUUUAUUUACAUAA